AGAAAAUACAAGAUUCUCGUGUAGGUCUAGAAUCGAACUUUGGACCUCUAUAAAACACUGAAUCUUCCAAAGUAAUUGGUAUCAACAACAACAAUAGGUGUUUAUAUUUCCGUCCUCCAUCUUAGAGAAACGAAGCUUCCUUUUUUUUUUCUUUCUUUUACAAGAUAUGGCGUCUGAUAUUUUGGAAACAAACUCAUUGAAUUCGAAAAUCGAACGGGACAACUCGAAUGACACUUUACUGAAUUUGCGUCGUGAUGCUGAAAAUGAACGGAUCAAACAAAUAGAGCUACUCUAUCAUCAUCGAGAGGAUCUUAUCAAGGAACUCUUUAUGAUCGAUUCAUCGGAUGACCUAGAAUCAAGCUUUACGCAAUUUCUUCUGCAUGGUGAUUUGCUGACUUUGGAUACGACAAAAUGGAAUUCGUUUUGGGAAAGUGAUACGAUCCGCAAAAUUGUGUCAAGCAAGGAUUUAGGAAUACCUAGGGAGCAUGUAAAUUCUAUGGAGACUGCUGUUGAAGCCCCACCUGCCACAUUAAGUCUGAAUAUGGAAUCAUCACAAGAUCAACGACAAGAUCAUCAGAAUACUAUAGGUCAAACUCAAGAUGAACAGUUAGAUACAUCUCAAGAGGAACUAUUGAAGUCCAUGGAUAGCCACAACGACAACAAGAACAAUAUCAACACCACAAUGCCGACUCUUGAACAUAUAUGUAAAGAGGCACAACGUACGACCAUACCUAUUAUGAAUGGAACUGAUUCUAGAUUGACACCUGUUCAAACUUACAAUAAUCAACGAUUGAUCGAUCAUCGAGCGGAUAAAGCGGGACAAUUUGAUUUAUAUGCUUGGACCCUCAAAGCUAAAGCUCAACCUCUCUUCAAAACCUUGCAGACUGCACGAAAAAUUCUUACUACCCAUGACUGGAAGCUUGCUCGUGACGAAAUGAAAGCCAUCAAGACUGUUCAACAAAUCGAAAAUCUGAAGAAGAAACACAUGUGGAGUCUCAAACAGCUGCGACGACAUACAUCAGUUCCAAGGACAAAAACACAUUGGGAUUCUGUCUUGGAUGAAAUGAAAUGGAUGAGGACUGACUUUAAAGAAGAACGAAAGUGGAAAAUUGCAAGUGCUUAUAUGAUCUCCAGAGCAGUGAUGGAAUGGCACGAAGCUUCUGACAAAUCAACGGUGUGUGUGGCAACUCGGACCCCAGCAGCUAUUAAUUCCAUUGGCCCCAUAGAAAUGGAUACGACUCUAGGAAUGAACACUGAAGGAUUGGAUGCUAGUACGGACCAUAUGGAAACUGAUACAACUCAUGAUGAUAAGGAUGAUUCAGAUGACAAACAAGUCAAAUUAGAGCUACAACAGGAUGAUCAUAAGGUUAUACUCGACAAUAUUACAACACCAUCAAGCAGUAUGGAUUUGGAUAGUGUAGAGGGAAAUGAGGAUGAUCAGGAACAAGGAUUACCACCUGUACAGAAAGAACUUUAUCAACAUCUUAUCAAGGAAUGUGACCCAAAUCACACUGUAGUUACCUUACCAAUGGAUGAAUUUCAACAUGUGGAUAUCAGUUCAUUAUUCCCGGAUACUUUAUUAUAUGCACCACCUGACCCCAACGUGAAUGAUCCGUAUUUCAACGAAGUCGAAUAUGGUCGAAUUGUGUCACUUACUAAACUAUCAACUCUCAAGUAUCGUUCAAAUAAAAAACGCAAACAUGGUAUUAGAAAACAUACUAUCGAUGGUCAGCCUAUUUUAUAUUACAAACAGCAACAAGAUGAAAAUAUCAAGAAUUUACCAAAUAGUCACCGUUAUGAUAUAUCUCCUUUGGUGUCCCCGUUAUUCGCUCAUAAAAAAGUGAAAGAUACGCCAGCAGCAUUACCCCCUACACCUCAUGCCCCUUCUUCUGGACUUGGAACUCCUGGUUUAUGGACUGAAGAUGAUGAUUUAUGCUUGAUCUCACUGAUUGUGCAAUUUUCAUUUAAUUGGGAACUUAUUUGUGAUGCAUUCAAUUCUAUCCGAGCGCCACUUUCUGCUGAGAAACGAACAGCUUGGGAGCUGCAUGAACGAUGGAAACAAAACAAUUUGACAUCCUUAUCUGGUCAAGUCAAUUCUGUAUAUACUACCAAACUGAAGAAAGAACUUUCCAGACGUCAAGGUAUAGUGAAAUUUGAUUCUGCAAGGAAAAAGCAACGUCAAUAUAGUAUAUUCGAAGCUAUCAAGAAAACUCAAUUGAAACGAGAAGAAUUACAAAAAUCUGCAAAUAAUGCAUCAGUACCCCGUAGUACUAUUGAAACUCAUGGAAUGAGUAGCGGUGGACAGCGAUUACCAACUGCAAUGGAACUCAGUUUACAUAAAGUGCAAAGGGAACGACAACAAGCAUUAUUAGAACAAAGACAAUUGUAUGGAUUGAACGGUGCUCCAGGGGCAAAUCCAAAUGUUAUACCAAGAGUACAUUCACCUGUGGCAAGUCAAGUACGACCUCCAAUAACAACAAGUGUGCCUGGAAUGCAAAGCACAGCGUCAACAACGCCGAUCAUGACGAAUCGAACCAAUACAAUGGGAUCUACAAGCAUGAACGACUCGAUUAGCAACAACAGUGCAAUUCGAGCACCUCAACCUAUACCCUCCAACCAAAAUCCUGCUUUGAACAGAUACCCACCAGCGCAACUCCAACUCUUACGACAGCAACAAAUGGCAUUAAUGGCAGCUGCACAAGCUCAACAGCAAGCUCAACAACAGCAAGCUCAACAGCAGCAAGCUCAACAACAGCAAGUUCAACAACAGCAAGCACAGCAACAAGCUCAACAACAACAAGCACAACAACAAGCACAACAACAAGCACAGCAACAAGCGCAAGUUCAACAACAACAACAACAACAACAACAACAACAACAACAACAGCAGCAGCAGCAGCAGCAACAGCAACAACAAGCACAACAACAACGUCAUCCACAACAAUUACAAACGCAACAAUCACUCGCACAACAACAACAACAAGUUGCAUCGAUGAUCCGACCACCGGUCUCAAUACCGAUGCAACGAUUUGCCAACAACUCUUUGAUACCAAUGAAUCAACAAACACAAGGAACCACAAAUCAAUCGCCCACGUUGGCAUCUGUUAUGCAGCAACAGCAACAUCAACAACAGCAACAACAAGCUUCCCCCGUGAUACCACAACAACAACAACAAUCCGUUCCAUCACAGCAACAAUCACCAAUGAAUCCAGCAACUAGUCUUGCAUUUGCGGCACAAUUAGCACAAAUGGGAUAUCCUAUUCAACAAUUGGCUCCAAACCAACAGGCGCAACUACAACGGUAUUUGGCUCAAUUACAAAUGCGAAAUGCUGCAGUCCAGCAACAACAAGUUCAACAGCACCAGCAAGGACUUGGGAAUGGACCAUUAGUAGGAAUAUCACAACAGCAACUUCAACAACAAAUGAUGGCUAGUCCUUCGAUGAACCAACAUAGUAACUCACCGCACGUUCCAGGUAUGUCAACAAGUUAUUUGACAGUGCAACAACAACAACAACAACAACAAUUACACAGGUUUCAGCAAGCCUUGCUUCUUCAACAACAAUUACAGCGUCAACAACAACAACAACAACAACAGCAGCAGCAACAACAUCAACAACAACAAGUAUCACAAUCUUCAUCCCCCAUGAUACAACAUCCUUCUCAUCCUCCAACAAGUGGUUAAUGAUUUAUCCUUUUUGUUAGCCAACAUACAAUCCAUUGUCCAUAGCUUAUAUACUCUUUUUAUUACUAUUACUCUUAUUGUUUUUAUUAUUGUUAUUCCUCUCCUCUCUUUAGUGUGCGUGUUGUAUAUAUAUCUAUAUAUAUAUGCGUGCGUGUGCUAUAUGAUUUGUGUGUGUUUCUCCCCCUCUCUCUUCCCCUAUUGUGUAUAGCUUAGUCUUUUUGUCUCAUCAUCCUUAUUAUUAAUAUAAUUUUAUUUGUGGGUUAUUUUUAUCCUCUUAAUA